AUCAUAUCUUUUACUAAUUUUACCAGCACUGUUAUAAUUAAUUAGAGCUUGUUAAACGUUGUCCUGUUUCUAGUGUUUAGAGGGAAUGAUUUCCUGCAAGAUGCGUCUGUUGGUACUAUUUGCCUGUGUGGGCGUGGCCCUCUCUCAGCUCUAUAACUUUGACAAGACCCUGGACUCUGAGUGGGAAACAUGGAAGAACUUCCAUGGGAAAUCAUACAGGACCAGUAACGAGGAAUCUUACAGGAGAGCAAUCUGGGAGGACAGACUGCAGUGGAUCGCCAAACACAACCGAGAGUACGACAUGGGUCUUCACACUUACAGUGUGGGCUCCAACCAGUUCAAUGACAUGACUGAAGCGGAAGUUGCAUCUAUCACGAGCUGUUACGUCAUGUCCCAGAACGAGACCGGAUCUCUGUACCUGCCCCCCUCCGACCAGAAACUGGCCGCCACCGUGGACUGGAGAACCAAGGGCUACGUCACUGGCGUGAAAACACAGGGAAUCAAUGGGCAUCACUGCGGCUCCUGUUGGGCCUUCUCCACCACCGGCUCCGUGGAAGGUCAACACAAGAGAGCUACCGGCAAGCUGGUCUCUCUCUCCGAACAGCAACUGGUGGAUUGCUCUCAAAGCUACGAUAAUCACGGUUGUGAAGGAGGUAACAUGGACAAGGCAUUUAAGUAUAUCGCAGCUAACGGGGGCAUUGACACAGAGAGCUCAUACCCGUACACGGCACAGGACGGCACCUGUCACUUCAGCAAGAGUGACGUGGGAGCUACAAUAAAGGGGUACACUGCGCUCCCACGUGGUAGUGAGAUCGCCCUGUCCUCCGCACUGAGUAGCGUGGGGCCCAUUUCCGUCGGUAUCGACGGAAGGCACACGUCCUUCCAUCACUACAGGGACGGGAUCUACUACAAUCCAGCAUGUAGUAGCACAGAGCUGCACCAUGGAGUGCUAGCGGUAGGAUACGGAUCCAACUACUACAUCGUGAAAAACAGUUGGGGGCCUAACUGGGGCAAGCAGGGGUACGUCCUCAUGUCCCGUAACCGUGGCAACAACUGCGGCAUAGCUACCGCCGCCAGCUACCCCAAUGUGUAAACAGGUUUAGGUAAAUGGUGCGAAACCCCCAUACGGAAGGUGUCUUGGACAUUGCAUGAAGUAUGCAAGUUACAAGUCUGGACAUAAUGUAUAAAAUGACUGUAACAUUUACAUGUACUAGCACCUGUAAAAUACAGUGAAUCUGAAUACACUACUGCUGCAUACCAUAUCUAGAAACAGUCAGAUGACCAGAAAUUUGUAAAUAUGAUAAAAUAAAAUAUGUUAUAAAAUGUA